GAAAACAGAGUUUGUUUUUAUAUCAAGUCACACUCAGUCACAGUCACACACACACAGAGCACAAUGAUGAAUGAAUGAACGAACCAACGAUGAUGCACACUGCGCACCCCUCACUCAAUACUUGUUCUUCCUCACGACCCGUUAUGUGCACCAUUUGCUUUCACUAAUUCACUAAUAAACACUAAUCUCGACUUAAUCACUUCAUAUUAGUACUAGUCAUCGGAAAAAGAAAGUGCUAGAUCUCGAUCUCCGAUGCCGGCACGAUGGCGGUUGUUGAUUCUUUUCUUACAGUCGGUGACAGUUACUUACGCAAUGCCGGUUCCAACCACAUUUUCAGUUCGUCUGGUUCACCGGUUCUCCGAAGAAAUGAAACCGGUACGGGUUCAAACCGCUGACUGGCCGGACCGGAGGAGCAUGCGCUACUACCAGAUGCUUCUCGGGAACGACUUUCUUAGGCACAAGAUCAACCUCGGUGGCGCUCGACACCAACUCCUGUUCCCUUCUAAAGGUAGCAAAACGAUGUCGUUUGGAAACGACUUUGCCUGGUUACAUUACAUGUGGAUUGAUAUAGGAACGCCUAGUAUCUCGUUUCUUGUAGCUUUGGAUGCUGGGAGUGAUCUCCUUUGGGUUCCAUGUGAUUGCAUACAGUGUGCUCCCUUGUCUGCACGUUACUAUCCCAUAUUGGAUAGAGAUCUGAAUGAGUAUAGUCCUGCUCGAUCGUUAUCCAGCAAGCAUUUAUCUUGCAGCCAUCGGUUAUGUGAUAUGGGUUCAAACUGUAAAACUUCCAAGCAGCAGUGUCCGUACACUAUCAAUUACUUAACAGAUAAUACUUCAAGUUCUGGAUUGUUAGUUGAGGACAUAUUGCAUCUUCAAUCUAGCGAUGGUGGCGGUGGUGGCAGCACAUCUAACUCCUCUGUUCAGGCUCCAGUUGUUGUCGGGUGUGGCAUGAAGCAAAGUGGUAGUUAUUUGGAAGGUGUUGCUCCAGAUGGUGUCAUUGGUUUGGGACCUGGAGAGAGUUCAGUUCCGAGUUUUCUUGCUAAAUCAGGAUUAAUCCGUGAUUCUUUUUCGUUGUGCUUUAAUGAAGACUCUUCUGGUAGAUUAUUUUUUGGUGACCAGGGAUCAACCGUUCAACAGUCUACUCCAUUCUUGCCCUUGGAUGGAAUGUUCUCAACCUACAUUAUUGGAGUGGAGGCAUUUUGUAUCGGGAAUUAUUGUCCUAAAGUAACUAGUUUUAAAGCUCAGUUUGAUAGUGGAACAUCAUUUACGCUUCUUCCCGGUCAUGCAUACAGAGCAAUAACUGAGGAGUUUGACAAACAAGUAAAUGUUACAAGAUCUACCUUAAAUGAUUCUCUUUGGGAGUAUUGUUAUGCACUCAGUUUGCAACAGCUGCCUAAGAUUCCCACAUUGACACUCACGUUCCAACAGAAUAACAGUUUUGUGGUCUAUAAUCCCAUAGUUGUAUUCUACAAUAAUCAGGUGGAAAUUGAUGGAUUUUGUUUAGCAAUACAGCCAACUGAAGGGGAUAUCGGAACAAUUGGACAAAACUUCAUGAUGGGAUACCGGUUGGUAUUUGAUAGGGAAAACAAGAAGCUAGCAUGGUCACACUCAAAUUGUCAGGAUCUGGGUCUAGGUAAGAGGAUACCCUUCUCCCCUGCAAAUGGGACAUCAUCAAACCCGCUGCCUGCAGACGAGCAGCAAAGAUCCAAUGGACAUGCAGUUUCUCCCGCUGUUGCCGGAAGGACUCCUCAAAAACCUUCAGUUGCUUCAUCUCAGAUGAUUUCAUACCGGAAACAUUUGCACUGCUAUUGUUUGCUUCUAUUUCAACUUCUGUCAAUCUUUUACUAAGACUUUCACGUUCUCAUUAUUUGUAGGAGCCUGCCUAAAAAGUGUUACAUGUAUAUCUAAAUCUGUCUCUGUUUUUUCCUCUUAGGUUUGUAAGUAUUUUAGAUCUUACACCAUUCAAUGCUGCUGUUAUUUUUAACCUUGCCAGCAUUAGAUUCCUAGAACUCAAUGAAACAUUUUACUCUAAACCCCCGCACUAGUUCAGGCGAGGUUAUGUAAAUUAAGUUGCUCGGUGUGAAGUUUUUAAUUUUAUUUUAUUAUUUAAAUUUA